AAAUACAUUACUAGGCGGGUUUCUGUCUGAUGCCGUUUGUAUUGCAACUUGUGUUUUUUAAAUGAUAGAACUUGCUUCACUUUUUGUAGUAAAAAUGGUAUCGAACAUGCUGACAGGAACUCGUGUAGUAAUCUAUAUAUAUGAACACUAUGCACUCUAUGACACAUACCUGGCUGUGGUCUUUGAUCUUCUUUAUCUGUCGAUGUAGAGCUGGAGGUGUGGGUAGAGGUGGUGGUAUAGAUGUGGGUACAGGUGGAGGUAUAGAUGUGGGUACAGGUGGAGGUAUAGAUGUGGGUAGAGCUGGAGGUAUAGAUGUGGGUAGAGCUGGAGGUAUAGAUGUGGGUAGAGCUGGAGGUAUAGAUGUGGGUAGAGCUGGAGGUAUAGAUGUCGGUGGAGCUGAAGGUAUAGAUGUGGGUGGAGCUGGAGGUAUAGAUGUGGGUAGAGCUGGAGGUAUAGAUGUGGGUACAGGUGAAGGUAUAGAUGUGGGUAGAGCUGGAGGUAUAGAUGUGGGUACAGCUGGAGGAAUAGAUGUGGGUAGAGCUGGAGGUAUAGAUGUGGGUAGAGCUGGAGGUAUAGAUGUGGGUACAGCUGGAGGAAUAGAUGUGGGUAGAGCUGGAGGUAUAGAUGUGGGUAGAGCUGGAGGUAUAGAUGUGGGUACAGGUGGAGGUAUAGAUGUGGGUAGAGCUGAAGGUAUAGAUGUGGGUACAGCUGGAGGUAUAGAUGUGGGUAGAGCUGGAGGUAUAGAUGUGGGUACAGGUGGAGGUAUAGAUGUGGGUACAGGUGGAGGUAUAGAUGUGGGUAGAGCUGGAGGUAUAGAUGUGGGUAGAGCUGGAGGUAUAGAUGUGGGUACAGGUGGAGGUAUAGAUGUGGGUAGAGCUGAAGGUAUAGAUGUGGGUACAGCUGGAGGUAUAGAUGUGGGUAGAGCUGGAGGUAUAGAUGUGGGUAGAGCUGGAGGUAUAGAUGUGGGUACAGGUGGAGGUAUAGAUGUGGGUACAGGUGGAGGUAUAGAUGUGGGUACAGGUGGAGGUAUAGAUGUGGGUAGAGCUGGAGGUAUAGAUGUGGGUAGAGCUGGAGGUAUAGAUGUGGGUACAGGUGGAGGUAUAGAUGUGGGUACAGCUGGAGGUAUAGAUGUGGGUACAGCUGGAGGUAUAGAUGUGGGUAGAGCUGGAGGUAUAGAUGUGGGUACAGCUGGAGGUAUAGAUGUGGGUAGAGCUGGAGGUAUAGAUGUGGGUACAGGUGGAGGUAUAGAUGUGGGUGGAGGUGGUUGUCAGUGUGGAAGGGAGGGGAGGUUAUUUGGAUGGCCAAGGUGAAGGUCAGCAGUGAUUAGUGUAGGGGGGUAGGUGUCAGUCUGGAGGGGUAGAUGGUGAUGUGUGGUGUCAGUUUGCUUUCAUUCCAGUAAAUUUACACACUUUGCCCUACUUCAUAAAAUGGUAACAUGGAAAGGAAUAGUUUCGCUGUCAAAAGUUAACACAUAAAUUAUGCAUGACAGGUAAAGUAGUUUCUGUGGAGUAAUAAUACAGUUCAAUCUACAGUGUAGGGGUGGCAUGGAGUAGCACUAAUGUAAACUGUAACAAGAUAAUUGAUCUUGGAGAAAGAUAUCCGAUUUAUUACCAGAAUUCAAGAGAGCAUGGUCUUUCUUGUACUGCGCAGCAAAUAUUGUUCGCAUACAACGCCCCGAAACCAGCGACAUAUCUUUAUCAACAUGAAAUUAGAGAAAACUUUUAGUCAGUAAAAAAUACAUUACCAUGAUUACUAAGCAGGUUUUCUGUUUGAUGCCGUUUGUAUAGCAACUUGUUUUUUAAAUGAUCAAACUUGCUUCACUUGUAGCAAAAGUGGUAUCAAACAUGUUUACAGGAACUCGUGUAGUCAUCCAUAUAUAUGAACACUAUGCACUCUAUGAUGCAUGCCAGGCUGUGGUCUUCUCUUAACCAAUUAUCCAGUUUUGAUAUAUUUAGACAUCUCUCAAAGUUCUGGGUUUAUAUAUGACUCUUACAGCGUUGUGACCGGCAGCUCCCUAUACAAUUUUUACCGGAUUCAAAAGAUGGAUGGCAUUUUAAAAUCAUUGAAACCCUCUUAUAAUGACCUUUAUAAUGUAAAACUGAAAACGUUGUAGAAAAGCUCAGGUUAAAUACAGAGCUGUGUCACUAGAUUUACUUUUGUAGAAAAAUAUCCAUGUGUCACCUUUGUUAUUCCUUCAGAUUUUCUAUAGACUACAUUCUUCCCAUCACCAGUGAUAAUCUACUGUAAAUCAUGAAAUUAGGUUGCUUGUAGGAAUAAAUGGACACAUUUCUCUGUCGACAUAUUGUCAUGUCAGAUUCACAGCACAUGGACAAAAACAAUGACAUUUCUUUACAAAGUUCACAAUAAACAAUAUAAUAAAGAGCAAGAUUUUUUACACUGUACAUACUUGGUAAAAAUAUUUGACAAAUUGAAUGGUGUUU